UCUGUUCUAAAGGACUAUACAGUUGAACGAACAUUGUAAGUUAAAGGUCUUAACAACCCGUCUUGAAAUAUUUCUAUUUUUAAGUUGAAACUAACCGCAUUGCAAGCACAAGAAUUUGGAAUUCGGCGCCGAAGAGUUAACCGCAUAUAAAUAUCCAUUAUGGUAAAAAUUGCAAUUAUCCCCGGAAAUAUAUCCUGCGAAGAUGUCGAGCAGUGUAACUGGUAUGCAUGGGCAAGAGAUAAAAUAAAUCAGGUAACGGAUGUGGAAUGUGUGCUCCGACAAAUGCCUGAUCCAGCUGGAGCAAAAGAAAGUAUAUGGAUACCAUUUAUGCAGGAUGUUUUGAAGUGUGAUGAGUCGACCAUUAUCAUUGGUCAUAGUUCCGGUGCCGUAGCUGCUAUGAGAUAUGCAGAAACACACACUGUUUUAGGAAUUUUCCUGGUGUCGGCAUAUGUUACUGAUGUAGGGGAUGAAAACGAAAGAGCAAGUGGCUAUUUCAAUAGACCGUGGGAAUGGGAAAAGAUAAAGAGCAACACAAAGUUUAUCGUACAGUUUGGGUCUGAAGAUGACCCCUACUUGCCCUGGGAAAGUGAGCAAAUGCAAGUCGUGAAAGGGCUGAACCCGGAGUUAUAUCGUUACCAAGACAAAGGGCAUUUUAUGACGACCACUUUACCGGAACUCAUACCGGUUGUCAAGAAACACGCGAAUUAAAACAGUUCUAAUUGUUUAAUAUGAAGUUGCUGAUUUAAGUAGUAUCAUAGUAUAAUAUUAUAAUUGGUUAAUUAGAGAUUAGAAAGAUAUAAUAUCAGAAAGAAGAGUCAAUAUUUAGUUGCUGUAGUAUUGCAAAGCCCUAAGAGAUGCAUGCGAAACAUACAAUAUCUAUAAUUACAAUUUAAAAAAAAUUAUCAGUGUAUUUUGAAAUUUAGUAAAUGCAUUUCUUUCAAUUUAUAUACCACAUAAUGCAAAACAAUUUAAAAUUAAAAUGGAACAGUAGAGAAAAUCUUGUUCACAAAUUCAGUGCUGUCUCGUAAGAAUUUUGUAGGAGGCGUUAAGAUUGACAACUGUAUCUACUGGAACUGAGCCGCAGAGCUUGUUACCACUAUAUCGAAGAGUAUAUAACAGAAGAAAGUCCACUGCUAUUCUUAAUGCACACGAGUCAGCGUGAAGCCCGA